CUACCAGGGUCUUUGGUCGGUACUGAUUUUGUUGCCACACUAAAGAGCUGGUUUGCCGGAACUUCUUGCCAAUUUACGAGCACCAUAGAAAUUGGCGUCCGUAAUGGGAUGCAAGUUCUACAUGGAAAACGCUCACUUAUAUCUUCCGAUAUUCAAGCUCUCGGACGAACCCAUGAAUUGCCGACGCUUGUUUCUUUGCCACUUGACUGGUUUUGCUGGUACUAUAUUCCACUACUA